AUGGAAGAAAUCUCUCGACUACAGGUCUCACGAAGGGGACACAAAGCACACGUAACAAAGGUUUUAAAGAAGGCAAACGAAGUUCUAAACACUGAGACGCAUACAGACAGAAAUAUAGCGCUAGCGAGUUUGAAUACAGCACUCGAACAAUUAACGAAGAAAAAGGACAUUAUAGGGGAACUAGACGCGAAGAUUGCCGCAGAAAUAAAAGAUCCUAAGGAACUCGAAGCUGAAAUAUUUGAAUCCGACGAGAUAAAUUACGACUUAGAAGAGAACAUCAGCCAAAUACGUAAGUACAUUGAAAUAUCUUCUUUAUCAAGUCAUACCCAAGAAUUAAGUCCCCUCGCCACAGCAAGUUCAAACCCGCCACAAAACACAACGCAAGAAACCCUGCAAGAAAACACAACACAAGAACCCUCGCAAGAACCCAUGUAUGAACACCCUCAACAAGUCGCAUCACAAGAAAACUCGCAAGAACACAUGCAAGAUAAUCCUCACAUGUCCCCACCAACAACAGUUAAUCCAAAUGCGUCACCAUUUACUCCCCAAAGUCCAAGUAAUCCCUCACCUAUCAAC